GCGUUUCAGUCGGAUUGUGGGGGAGGGGGAGCGGGGGAAGAGCGCUGGUGGCCUGAUUCAAUCAGCUUCGAACCAAUUUCUGUCUUUUGAAGCAAGACGUCUAAUUCCUCUAUCUACCUUCCCUCAAGAUAUAAGUGUAAAUAUCUGCAACCGAUCACAGCGCAGAGUCGGCGGUCCUGCCCUCAUUUUGCACCUUCAAAUACUAACCAACCCCAAAGAAAAAGUAUAAAACUAUGACCCUCCCUCUCCUCAGCUACAUGCGCCUAAAACUGAUCGCUGUUGUCAUCCGCUGCAUCGUCCGAAUCGCCAAUAUUACCCGCGUUUUCCAUCCAGAACCAAAAUACAAAAACAAACAGCGUCUUCGCAUCCCCUCUCGCGACGCAGGCCGCUUCAUCCUCGCCGAUUUAUAUACCCCUGAACAAAACAACACCAGCACUAACAACGACGAUACCAAUAACGACGAUAACAACCCAACUCCAAUAAUCAUAAACUUCCACGGCUCCGGCUUCGUCAUUCCCUCUCUCGGUUCCGAUGCCAGAUACUGUUCGCACAUCGCCAACGCAACAGGAAUCCCCGUCCUAGACGCCGAUUACCGCAAGGGACCCGAACAUCCCUUCCCCGCGGCGCCAGAGGAUGUCUUCGACGUCCUCCACUGGAUCAUCACGGUCCAAUCUGCACGAUUCGACACGCAUAAUAUAGUCCUAUCUGGCUUUAGCGCCGGUGCGAAUCUAGCUCUUGUCGCAUCGUCCUCUCUCCAGAAACAACUGAGACAGAAUCUCCUCCUCCCAUCUGGAGAAGAUGACUUCGAUAUCAAAGCCACUGUGGCAUUCUACCCCGUAACGAACUUGACUAUCCUCCCUGAAGCAAAAAUCGUCCCUAAACCACGGUAUCCGAUCCAUCCAGCCCUGGGGCGCAUUUUCGACGCGUGCUAUGUUCCGGAUAGUGUGCGGGACAGGUCCGUUAUGCGGAAUCCGCUCAUUUCGCCUUCUUUUGUGGAUGAGGAGGACUUUCCGGAUACGGUGGUGAUUAUCACCUGUGAGGGGGAUACGUUGGCGCCAGAGGGCAAUGAAUUGGCGGAGAAGUUGAAGGAGAGUGGUGGGAAGCGUAAAGGGGGCAAAGAGAGCAGGAGGAGGAGGAGGAAGGUGAUGAAUGUGCAGUUGAAAGGGGUGGGACAUGCUUUUGAUAAGUUUACGGGGAACAUUGAGAAGAAGAGGAGGGAGGAGGCGUAUGGUUUGGUUGUGGAGGUUCUGAAGGAGGUUUUUGGGAAGUAAUUCAGCCCAUCUGUCCACUGCAGAAUACUUUCAAUAUCAAACUUAUAUGUAUGCCGAUAAUCCAAAGAUGAACUCUAGCGUCGCCGGACCAAUCCAAUGUUGCACAUCACCAUCUUCUAGCAACUAGCCAUGCGCGGUUUCUGGGUAGCACAAAU